AUGGCUGCCGUGGAGAAGCUGGAAACCGACCCCAGGCCCCUUCCUCCUCCCCGUGGUGAGCCGCCGUCCAUCUGGUCCUCGCAGGUCCAGUCCCCGGACAGCGCGGCAGCCAUGGGCAGCAUCGUGUGCAGGUGGGACGGCCCGCCACCUCCCCACGCUUCCCCCGGACCAGGGCGUGAGGGUGAAGGCCGUGGCUUUGGGGGCAUGCUGCCUCAUGUGCCAAAGCCAGGAGCCCAGACCACAGUCUCCACGUGCAAAGACAGCGAAGGUGAAGAGGACUUAGGCUUCAACCAGGAACGCUCAACUGAGUUCCGGCGGCUAGGAGGCCUCUCUCUCUCUCCCCCAGCCCCAAGCUCCACAAAUGAACUAAGGCAGGCCGCCGGCGUCCAAUGGGCGGGCGCGGCCUCCCCGCCCUCCCCGCGCCCUCCGCGCUUUAACCCCGGGCGCCGCGCCCCGCCUCCGUCCGGCUCCUCCGCGCCGCCCGCCGCCGCCUCCGCCCCGACCCCGGCCCGGCCCGCGUCCUCGCCCGGCCCCGCGUCCUCGCCCGGCUCCGCCGACCCCGGCCCCGCCGACCCCGGCCCUCCGGCCCGGCCCGGCGCCCGCCUCGCGCGCUCUCGCGAGAUCCGCGUGCCGGGGUCCCGGGGGUCCCGGGGGUCCGAGGGCGCGCGGCGGAAGAUGGUGCGGAGCGCGCGGGGGGCCCCGCGGCCGCCGCCUCCGACGCUGCCGCUGCUGCCGCUGCUGCUGCUGCUGGCGCUGCGCCCCGGGCUCCCGGCGCGGGCCUCGGGAACGCCCGCAGAUAAAUUACUAGUCCUAACGGUGGCAACAGAAGAGACAGAUGGAUUUCAUCGGUUUAUGCAGUCGGCCAGAUAUUUCAACUACACUGUGAAGGUCCUCGGCCAGGGCGAAGAGUGGAGAGGAGGCGGUGGGACCAACAGCAUCGGAGGGGGUCAGAAGGUGAGGUUGCUGAAGGAAGCCAUGCGGCACUACGCCACCCAAGAGGACCUGGUCAUCUUCUUUACGGAAUGUUUUGAUGUCAUAUUUGCCGGUGGCCCCGAGGAAGUGCUCAAGAAGUUCCAAAAGUCCAACCACAAAGUCGUCUUCGCGGCCGAUGGAAUUCUGUGGCCAGACAAGAGACUGUCAGACAAGUACCCCGUGGUGCACAUCGGGAAGCGGUACCUCAACGCCGGAGGGUUCAUGGGCUACGCUCCGUACAUCAGCCGCAUGGUGGCACACUGGAGCCUGCAGGACAACGACGAUGACCAGCUCUUCUACACCAAGCUGUACAUUGACGCUGGGAAAAGGGAAGCCCUCAACAUGACAUUGGACCACAAGUGCAAAAUCUUCCAGACCCUAAACGGAGCUGUAGAUGAAGUGGUUUUGAAAUUUGAGAACGGCAAGACACGAGUCAAAAACACGUUCUACGAAACGCUGCCGGUGGUGAUCAACGGGAACGGGCCCACUAGUAUUCUCCUGAAUUACUUUGGGAACUACGUGCCCAACUCCUGGACGCAGGACAGCGGCUGCACCGUCUGUGACUUGGACACUGUCGAUCUGUCUGCGGCGGACGUGUUGCCGAAUGUGACCUUAGGCGUUUUUAUUGAGCAACCAACGCCUUUCCUACCUCGAUUCCUGGACCUGUUGUUGACGCUGGAUUACCCCAAAGAAGCACUGAAGCUCUUCAUUCAUAACAAAGAAGUGUAUCAUGAGAAGGAGAUCAAGGUGUUUUAUGACAAAGCUAAACAUGAGAUCGGCACCAUAAAAAUAGUAGGGCCAGAAGAAAAAUUAAGCCAAGCGGAAGCCAGAAACAUGGGAAUGGAUUUCUGUCGCCAAGAUGAAAAGUGCAAUUACUACUUUAGUGUGGAUGCCGACGUGGUUUUGACCAAUCCAAGGACUCUCAAAAUCUUGAUUGAGCAAAACAGGAAGAUCAUCGCUCCUCUGGUUACCAGGCACGGGAAGCUGUGGUCUAACUUCUGGGGCGCCCUGAGUCCCGACGGGUACUACGCCCGUUCCGAGGAUUACGUGGACAUCGUGCAAGGCAAGAGAGUAGGAGUCUGGAACAUUCCAUACCUGGCUAACGUGUACUUAAUCAAAGGAGAGACGCUGAGGUCAGAGAUGAACGAGAGGAACUACUUUGUGCGUGACCGACUGGACCCAGACAUGGCUCUUUGCCGGAAUGCCAGAGAAAUGACCUUACAGAGGGAGAAAGACUCCCCCACUCCGGAGACAUUCCAAAUGCUCAGCCCCCCAAAGGGUGUGUUUAUGUACAUUUCUAAUAGACAUGAGUUUGGACGACUGUUGUCGACGGCCAACUACAAUACUUCGCACUACAACAAUGACCUGUGGCAGAUUUUUGAAAACCCCGUGGACUGGAAGGAAAAGUACAUCAACCGGGACUAUUCAAAGAUUUUCACUGAAAACAUAGUGGAGCAGCCCUGUCCCGAUGUCUUCUGGUUCCCUAUCUUUUCCGAGAAGGCCUGCGAUGAGCUGGUGGAGGAGAUGGAGCACUACGGACGCUGGUCGGGGGGAAAGCAUCACGACAGCCGCAUCUCGGGCGGCUACGAGAACGUGCCCACGGACGACAUCCACAUGAAGCAGGUGGACCUGGAGAGCGUGUGGCUGCACUUCAUCCGCGAGUUCAUCGCUCCGGUGACCCUCAAGGUCUUCGCUGGCUACUACACGAAGGGGUUUGCGCUAUUGAAUUUUGUGGUGAAGUACUCUCCCGAGAGGCAACGGUCCCUCCGUCCGCACCAUGAUGCCUCGACCUUCACCAUCAACAUCGCCCUCAAUAACGUGGGAGAAGACUUCCAGGGAGGCGGAUGCAAAUUCUUGCGGUACAACUGCUCCAUCGAGUCCCCAAGGAAAGGCUGGAGCUUCAUGCACCCCGGGAGGCUCACACACCUGCACGAGGGGCUGCCCGUGCGGAACGGCACCAGAUACAUCGCCGUGUCCUUCAUCGACCCCUGAGUCACCGCCCUGCGUCUCUGCGAUUUUCCCUUGGAUUGGAUGUCUGGUGCAGACAACGUCUUUGAGGAAAUGAGAGGAACAUUUGAGUAACUCCAACUCAACAACUUUGCUUUGGGCCAAACAUUUGAGACGUUUGAAAACAAAAUACAUAUAUAUAAAUGUACUUAUAUAUAUAUAUAUAUAUGUAUAGCAAAAAAAUAGGUUUGUUUCUCAGUGUCUGCUCUGAGCCUUAAGCCACAGGUUGAAGAAGAGAAGAAAAAAAAAAGUAAUUUAUUUCUACGCCUGACCGUCUCUGAUAAGCGGCGGCAACUUCCUGAAUCUGGGUUUCCAGCUGCUCAGGGAUUCAGGUACCAGUACGCAAAGCCGCAAGUGACGUCUAAUAAUAUUUUAUUUAAGAAAAGCUCGAGAAGAAUUUUAUUUAUAAAUCUAUGGGGUGGGGGUGGGGGAAUGCUAAAAACAGGAUAGAGACACAGACGGGCCCGUGGUGAGCCCGGAAGCCUGGCUCCGGCUGAGGUCAAGGUCAUCCGCAGGCACAGCCGUGCCCGCCUCGGGUGCCUACUUCCCGCAGCCGGUGAGGACACAGGGAAAAGUAAGAUCAGUGGGAAACCACGUGUUCCUUCCAGGACUUUCCUGCAAGCAGCAAGAAGCGUUCAGGAGGGUCUCCCGGCCUUGUUAGACACUGAACCCUGUGUCUGUUCUUCAUUCGACCUUCUGGUGUGCAUCCUGUACCUCCGGUGUCUUUAAAUCAAUUACAGGGGUUUUUAACUUGUUUGUUUCAUUUUACUUUUUUUUUUUUUUUUGUCUAGUUGUAGAACAUAGGUAGGAAAGCAAAAAAAGGAAAAAAAAAAAAAGUUCCCAAGCUUAGUUGUGCCUUUUGAGACUUUUUGAAAACCUCUUUAAGUACUUGAAUUUUAUGUCAGGAAAAUAAACGUUUGAGCCUUGUUA